CCAGAAUCCAAAUGGCUCUCUUGAAUCAGCAAUUGGGUUUAUCCUUAACCCAUCUAAGCAGCACAGUGAUCCAGCGACACUUAAGAGCAAACAGAUACAGAAGAGACCGCAUCUCUCUGGGUUCCUCCCGCAUGGGGAAAGUGAUGAUCUAUUAGAUUCUAGCUGGUCGGAGCUUAGCACAGCCACAGCAGGACCUCAGAGGGCUCACUGAGAGCGGAAUAAGAUGGAAGACCCUCACAGACUUCACUGAAAAGGAGAUUGGUCAGAAAAGUCCUUAUUGCUGGGGAUUGUACAAGAUUGAAAGCGCUGACUUGAGUCUUAGCUUCCUCUAGGCUGUUUGUGGCAGAAGCAAGCACAUUUUUUUGCUUGUAAAUUGAAGUUGAAUGGAAUCAGCUGCAGUUGCUAAAAAGCUCAGUAAAUGCAAGCCACCCUUCACGCCAUCUUCUAGUCGUGUUUCAAAGCAGAAUGGUCGUUUUAUGUUUGACAUUCAGUGAAGACUCUGCAAAGCCCAAAGUAGCAUCUGGCUUUCAAAGAGCACACUGAAUGCAGUAAAUGUGUCACCCAUAUGGUACGUAUUCGUUGCUGGCGCCUUCCAAGUGGUUUGUGUAAUGACAAGAUCCUGUGCUGGGUUUGCCCUUGCUCCCCAAGGAUUAUUGAGGAGAACUGUCUCUCAUUCUUUCCUGUCUUUUGCUAGUAUCACUGGAGCAUGCCGAGCAAUACAGAAACUCACCCGCGUGAGAGUGGUGGACAACAGCGCCUUGGGGAACACGCCAUACCACCGGCCACCGAAAUGCAUCCACGUGUAUAACAAGACUGGAGUUGGCAAAGUAGGAGAUAAGAUCCUUCUGGCUAUCAAAGGUGAAAAGAAGAAGGCUUUAAUUGUAGGGCACAAGAUGCCUGGCCCCCCCCUGACACCUAGAUUUGAUUCCAACAAUGUGGUACUCAUAGAAGACAACGGAAAUCCAAUAGGGACUAGAAUAAAAACACCAAUACCCUAUAUCCUGCGACGGAAAGGCGAGUUCUCCAAAGUAUUGGCCAUCGCCCGCAACUUUGUAUGAAAGCUAAGAAAGGUCUCUGGCAAUCCUGUAUAUAUCCUUUCAUACAGUAGCUGUUCCUUGGUCCUUUUCUAGAAAACGGUGAAAUGUGAAAAAGUUGAGGUUCAUCGAGAGUAUCUCUUCCUGUUUAAGUACAAGCAACUAGUUUAAAUGUUGAAAUACUUUGUUUUUCUCCAAAAGAAGGUUGAUUUAUUUCAUAGAACAUCUGCAGUGUGGUUGGGAAAUGGUCCUUCACCCUUACUGCUCCGGUGAUGUUAAUUUGGUUGCUAAUCAGUAAAGUGAGAACAUGAAAAUCCUUCUUGUUUUGUACUGCUUGUGCUCUCUUUUUCCCUAUUUCUGCCUUUCCCAGUUCCCCAGGAGCAAGACAAAGCACCAGUCCCUGGCCCAGUGACAGCGGGGUCUACAAAAUGGAGUCACAUGUAAUAGAGUAGGAGAGAGAUAUAAAGAACUACUGGUUCCUUGGGCGUGUUCAAUAAAAGGAUUAGUUUCUAUGACUUUGCCUAAGAAAAGUCUUUAGGAGGAACCAUUAUUGGGAGAGCAUGAUGGCCUACAACUUCAGUGGCGCGUGGUUGAACAGGGUAUGCCAGAGAUGGGGAAGGGGAGGUGAAUGGGGGUAGGUUUGAGAUGCAGCCUAUGCUCUCCACCUGACCAACCUGAGGAAAAUGUGUUCUCUGAGUAACGCAGCGGCUGGGUUCAGAUUUGAAAAGUCCACAGGACGAAGCUUCCUUUUGGACUGCUUUUUGGGACUAUGUCAGACGUUGUCCGUGGUGUCGGUUGGUGAGACUGGUUGUUGUCCAGCCUCCCUAGCUUAGACACAAUAUUGGGCAAAUGCUACUGUAUUACUUUCAGGGCCGGCUGUCAUCUAGGAGCCUUUAUACGGAGCUGAGCAGAGAAGCUUAGUGCUUGUGGCAAGUAGAGGGUCAUCAGGGCAGAGCACUCCUAGAAAUAGGAGUGCAGGGGAUGCAGCCAGCAGGAGUCUGGCCCCUGAGCUGACUCCUCACAGGUCUGGUGGCAGUGACGGCUGGCUGUGCCUUGUCCUUCCACCUCCCCUUCUACCUAUUGUGCUGGGAAAACUCCUUACCUUGGCCCUGCGUUGCUGCUAUGUGAAGAUCUGAAGACUGCAGUGCUGAGCUAUUCCACGCUUUAGUUACUCCUUGGCAGAUGUAUCUUCCCCAUGCUCCCCACUGUGGAAUCCAUGUUGCCCAUGGAAAAGGUGUGUGCCUGCUGGCAUAGCAGCGGCGUGGACGCUCGCCUGGCUGGUGUCAGUCUCUCCAGUUUUAUCCGAGUGCAGUCAGCUUCCAGGAGCCACUCGACAUGCUCAGAAGUGACGUUCGUGCCAUUUUGCUAAGCGGGAUGGUGAGCAAACCGUGCAUGCAGUCACAGCGAGGAGCGUGACUGGCCUCCCUCCCUCGGGUGGGGUUUGCUGCCAUGUCACAGGGGCACGGCACAGCCUGGCUGCUCGGGCAUUGCUCGCUGCCUUUUUUUCCUCUGGUUGAAUUUAUUCCCACAUCAGUGUGGGAUGCUCCCAGGGCUCUUUUUUUUGGGGGGGAUGAGCGCUGUUCUACGAGCAGCUUCCCAGCCCUUUGGCGAUGCUUGGUGCCUGCCCUGCGGGUGUGGGGAGCUGGGCGGCUUCAGGAGCAGAGUCGGGCUGGGGGUGUGGGACCAGCUAGGCUCUGCUCAAGGGGCUUUAGCGAGAGCUGGGUGCACGGGUCCAAUCCUGGCACCGGGGAAGGUUUGUGCAGGGCUGCAGGGUGCUGAGCAUGCCCAAGUUUGGCUGAGGGGUGUGAAAGCCAGCAUUGUGCCCUGCCAUCAGCGGAUAAAUCCUCACAGCCCACUUCAGGUGUGUUUUUUAGCUUUUUCAAAGCUCGUCCUGGUAGCAGGCUAAAGUAUUUUUGACUAGAAAAAGGGUGUAUGCUUUUAUGCAUUUUUAGGGAAAGUGUUCAUGCCACUUAACAGCUCUGCAGUCUUGCUUUAGAAAACCUUCUGCAACCUUUGAAAGUCCCCCAACCCCGAUACACACAUAAACAAAUACUUUUACAGGUUUUUUGUUUUUUUUUUUUUUUUUUUGUAAGCAAAUCAUAAGCCAAUUGACAUCUGUCGUGCCCUUCCUGCAGACAGGAGGAGCUCAGACUUCCUCCGUGUAAAUCUUUUUGAGAACAGAAGAGGAAGAUGGCUUCCAUUGACGCAGGGCUGGAAAAUACACUUUCAAAUGGCACUUGCACGGGGUAUUUCAUUUCAGUGCAAAGGCUGUGGGCACAGCGGACGUGGGGUCGGUCCCAAGCUGGAACACCUCGGUCCCAGCCAGCCUGGUUUAUAACUCACCUAAAAGGCUGCUUUACCGCAAGGCUUUUGCUUGGCAACAGCUCCAGCCUCAAACCGUCCCCCAGUAGGACCCGGGGGCCUGCAAACAAUCCUUGUUUUUCUUGUCCUGACCAUAAGGGCUACGAGUCUCUCAUGGGAUGCACAGACCCUGCUGUUUGGAUAUUAAAUAUUUCACAGAAUAUUUGCUAAUAACUUUCCAGUGUUUCGCUGGGGAAGAGGUCAUGGGGAGAGGGCACGAGAGGAAGCGGGCAAGACAAUGCAGCAUACUUGAGAUUAAAAUGUGAAGCGAUGCUUUAUUUCUAAGUAAACUGAUAUGUGGAACUAAAUCCUUAACCUCAGAGCUUAAUAACCAGACAUGCAGACAGCUAAGCUAAGCAUAUCCCAUAGAGCGUCUCCUGCAGUUUUUACCCGUCUUCCCCUAACGAGGAAGAUGGCCUCAGCAGAAAUCCCCGGCCCACGGCGACAGCUCUCUGCUUGGCAAAUUCCAGGCGCUGCCUGUAGCAGCAUCUCUCUGACGGGAAGGGGCCUGGCUCAUGGAUGAACCCUUAGCCUCCUCUUGCCCGUCCCACUGAAUUCGGCCCCGCCGUGGUUGUGGGGUGGUCAGCCCGUGGCUGCCCCGGUGGCAGAGCCCACACAGGCAGGAGCGGAUGGAGGGUGACUUGCCAGCAGCCCAGCGUGAUGUAGGAUCUCUGGCCUCACUCUUUUCCUUCAUUUUCGUA